AUGAAAAAAUCGAAUCAGUUUCAAUCGUAUGAACAUACUUAUGGAAAACCAGUUAUGCAUACCGGACGUCGUUUACCUCCUACACCAAUUUCAUCUAAUCACAUAUUAUCCUUAUCACAAACUGCUCCAGCAACAGCAAAUUCAUCACCAAAAAUAAUACUGACGAAUAAUAAUUCGGUAAAUUCCGGAUGUCUAUUCGCUUUUCAAAAUAUUGAAUUGAAUCGAGGAACGCAAUCAUACGAUGACAAUUUGCCAAUGAUACAUUCAAGCAAUCGUAAAUUACCGUUGAAUCAAGGACGAAGCCACAACUCUACGCCACAUAUUGCUAUUAAACCGACUGUAAGCAUGAAUCAACCGUUACGUUCGCAAUCAUUCAGACAUCGCCCUCGAACAUCAGUUCACGUGAAACGUCAUCCAUUCGAUGAUUCAGCGCAACAAGUUCGAGAACGUAGGCGCUCAACGCCUAAUAUUUUCCGAUAUUCCACUCUUCAUUCGAGGCAUCGACCAUCGGACAUAACACGAACGGAUGUUUGGCCGAAACCAAGAGAACGAGUGGCCGAAGAUCGUUUUCUUAAUUUGAUAGAUUCCGAUGAUUACACCCGAGUGCGCGAAUUUAACAUAGAUGAAAAGGGUACUGUUGUUAGUCGAGGCGAUUCGUUUCGUCUCAAAAGUCCUUCCUGUCAUAAACGAGAAUUACGAAAGGUAGAUCGAUCCGGUUUGUCAAAUGAAUCAAACAGCUCACAUUCAAUAUCUGAUGAGAGUAUUAUGCCUGCUAAUAAUAAUGAAAAAGAUGAAAAUAAUCAGCCAUCGACAAGUACUGCUUUUUAUGAGAUAUAUGUACUUGGCUCAACAGGUGUGGGUAAAACUGCUCUUAUUGGACAAUUUAUGACUUCGGAUCAUCGAAAUACCUAUGCUACUGAUAUAGAGCAAGUUGACAACACAGUAUCAAUUAUAAUUGGUGAUAAAGAAAGCGAAUUAACAUUUCUUGAAAUUGAUCCACAUAAUGAUUGUUCUUGGUUAGAUGGUAAAGCAGAUAUUUACUUACUCGUAUACAGUAUCGAUUCAAAAAGUUCCUUCAAAGAAGUUAUGAAUGUUGUUGACUGUUUACGUGAAUCAGAAUCUGCACGACAUACACCUAUUGUCAUGGCUGCUAAUAAAGUUGAUUUAGAACGAAAACGUGCUGUAAGUAAAACAGAUGCAAAAAACGCUGCAAUGACUUAUAGCUUUGCGCAUUAUGAAGUAUCAGUGGCGUUAAAUUUAGACAUUGAUGAUCUUUUGGUUGGACUUAUUGCCGAAAUUAAGCAUUCAUUAAAAUCAGACUUGCUCGAUUUUUGUGAUGACAUCAAACCUUCUAAAGAAAACAAUGAUACGGAAGUGAUGGAAGAACCAAAUGAUUUCAAAGCUGCUAUUCGAAGAUAUUCAAGGAGAAGACGACAGCAGAUGGGUGACAUCAAUGAGAAACAAGCGAAUAAAUGUACGCAUUUCAAAAGUAAUCUUGUGGAACGUUUUCGAAAUUGGAGACGAUUAUUGCCAAAUUUAAAUUAUUAA